AUGCCUCAUAUACAAGAAGAACCCUCUUUUUCUGCGCCAGCAGAAGAGCAUUCCUUCGCCGGCCUCCUCUUCGACAUGGACGGCACGAUCAUUGACUCCACCGACGCCAUUGUAAAGCACUGGCACAAACUCGGCAACCAACUCGGCGUCGACCCCGCCGUCAUCCUCGCCACCUCCCACGGCCGGCGCUCCAUCGACGUCCUCGCGCUCUACGACCCCUCCCUCGCGACCUGGGACUUCGUGUCCACCGCCGAAGGCCUGAUCCCCAAACAAUUCGGCGCCGACGCCACCGAGAUCCCCGGCUCACGCGCGCUGCUCGACGCGCUCGAGGCCGCCGGCGCGCCCUGGGCCAUCGUCACCUCCGGCACACGCCCGCUCGUCACGGGCUGGCUCGACGUCAUGAAGCUCGCGCAUCCGAGGUACAUCGUCACGGCCGAGGACGUCGAGCGGGGGAAGCCGGAUCCGGCGUGCUAUGCGCUGGGGGCGGAGAAGUUGCGGGCGGGUGCAAGGAAGGGAGGGGACGGGUAUUUGGUGCUGGAGGAUGCGCCGGCGGGCGUGAGGGCGGGCAAGGCGGCGGGAUUCAAGGUCUGCGCCCUUGCGACGACGCAUACGAUCCCCCAGCUGGUGGAGGCGGGCGCGGAUUGGGUGGUUAGGGAUAUGAGGAGUGUGAGGUUGGCGGGGUGGGAGAGGAAAAGUGGGGUCGUGAGGGUGGAGAUUGUGGAUGCGUUGGUUGCUUGA